GUGUAAUGGGCCCGGACACACGUGGCUGCGGAGCUGCCUCUCCCCGGACAUGGUUUAUGCGCGUUCCUCUGAAGCACUGAUAGUGUUGGCAUUGCUGUAGAGCAGCGCUGAGCCGGCACCUGGAGCACACGGGAGAGCAGGAGGCUGUUCCCAGGCUUUCCUCUGCUCCCGUGUGCUUGUCGGGUCCCUGUUAAAUCCCAUCCUUAGCGUGAUGCUCGGUGGCCUCCUGCACCCCUGUGCUGCAGGGCGCAUCCUCCCCUGGAGGGCUGCAGUGCCGGGUGCCAGAGCAAUGACUGGUCCCGGUGCCCCGGCCAGUUCCACUUUGGCUCAUCGUCAGCAGUAAUCCUCCCCUUGGGCUAACUUCCUGUUAGUGACUGUGGUGGGGUGCGUGUACAGGAGCAGAGGAAGUGAUGCCUUCCCAGGAAUCUGGGUACCUGGUUCCUCAGUGCCUUUGGAUGCCUCUGCAAUGAGAGGGGUGAUAAGAUUCUUGUCAUGAGGACGGGUUUUCUGGUGCUCCAUUGGCUGCUUUCCUGUCCCGGGACCUGACUGCAACACCCCGUGCUCUAGGCGUGGUUCUGCUCCCCCUGAGCUGAUGUGCUGCUGGCAUGUGAGCGCCUCGUCUGCCAAGAAGCCAGCCCGCUGUUGGAAGAGCUUUCCAGUGGCACGGGUGCCAGUCGUGUCUCUGACGACCCGUCGGCGUGCGUGGGUGCCUCUGGGAUAAAACUUGUUGCAGGCGUCAUGCAGGGACCUGCCGUAGUGCCUGUGUCCUCACGGAAGGAACAAGAAUAGCUCCAGAUACUGCCCUGCAAGUGCCAACUCCCUCCAUCUCCUCCAAUGCCGGCUCAGGGAUGGACUCCACCUUGUCCCUGUGAAGAGGCUCUGCAUGCCCUCAGCAGCCACAAGGGAAUUCAGCUGCCGACUCCUUCCCAAGCAGCCCCACUGCAGGACUUGCGCCGCGGCGCCUUAGGAGGACAUCGGCUCCCACAGUUGUGUCCUUGCGGUGCCCAUGGAACCGGUGUGCGUGUUCCCUGUUCCUUGAGCUCCUCAGCCCGCGCUCUCUGAACUCACCGGGGCUCCUGGCAGCCUCUUUGCUUGCUUUCCCAUCUUCCCUCCCUGCUCCGGUUGUGUUCCUGCUCUCACAGAGCCCCAAAAGGAUGUGAACUUUGGAAUGGGGUCUGGGAGCAGGCUGCGGACUCGCUGUGUGUGUGAGACUGUUGCUGACUGACAGGGGGACUGGGUGAGCGCUGCGGGCAGCCUUUGUGUCUGGCUGCAGGGCACCAGCCUUGCCUGGGCCCUUCACCAUGUUCCUCCUGCUCCCCUUUGACAGCCUGGUUGUUAACCUCUUGGGGAUAUCCAUAACUGUCCUCUUCACCCUGCUCCUGGUGUUCAUCAUUGUGCCAGCCAUUUUUGGGGUCUCCUUUGGCAUCCGCAAGGUUUACAUGAAAACCUUAUUAAAGAUCUUUCAGUGGGCAACACUGAGAAUAGAGCGUGGUGCCAAGGAGAAGAACCAUCCGUUAUACAAGCCCUAUGUCAAUGGUAUCAUUGCAAAGGAGCCAACAUCACUGGAAGAGGAGAUCAAGGAGCUCCGCCGGAGCGGCAGCGGCAAAUCCCUGGAUACCCCUGAGUUUGAGCUCUCAGAUAUCUUCUACUUCUGCCGCAAAGGCAUCGAGACCAUCAUGGAUGAUGAAGUGACCAAAAGGUUCUCAGCUGAAGAGCUGGAAUCCUGGAAUCUGCUCAGCAGGACCAACUACAACUUCCAGUACAUCAGCCUGCGCCUCACUGUGCUCUGGGGUCUGGGUGUGCUGAUCCGUUACUGCUUCCUUCUGCCCCUCAGGAUAGCCCUGGCGUUCACUGGCAUCAGCUUGUUGGUGACUGGUACUACAGUGGUGGGGUAUUUGCCAAAUGGAAGGUGUAAAGAGUUCCUGAGCAAGCACGUCCACCUGAUGUGUUACCGGAUCUGUGUGCGUGCCCUCACAGCCAUCAUCACCUACCAUGACCGAGAAAACAGACCCCGCAAUGGAGGCAUCUGCGUGGCAAAUCACACCUCUCCCAUCGACGUGAUCAUCCUGGCCAGCGAUGGCUACUACGCCAUGGUGGGUCAGAUCCACGGGGGGCUCAUGGGGGUGAUACAGAGAGCCAUGGUCAAGGCCUGUCCCCACGUCUGGUUUGAGCGCUCUGAGGUCAAAGAUCGUCACCUCGUCGCAAAAAGGCUCACAGAGCACGUCCAGGACAAGAGCAAGCUGCCCAUCCUUAUCUUCCCAGAAGGGACCUGCAUCAACAACACAUCCGUGAUGAUGUUCAAAAAGGGGAGCUUUGAGAUUGGAGCCACGGUUUACCCUGUAGCCAUCAAGUAUGACCCGCAGUUUGGAGAUGCCUUUUGGAACAGCAGCAAGUAUGGCAUGGUGACCUACCUCCUGAGGAUGAUGACCAGCUGGGCCAUCGUCUGCAGCGUCUGGUACUUGCCUCCGAUGACCAGGCAGCCUGAAGAGGAUGCUGUCCAGUUUGCCAACCGAGUGAAGUCAGCCAUUGCCAGGCAGGGGGGCCUCGUGGAUCUGCUCUGGGAUGGAGGCCUGAAGAGGGAGAAGGUGAAGGACACGUUCAAGGAGGAGCAGCAGAAGCUCUACAGCAAAAUGAUUGUAGGGAACCAUGAAGACCGGAGCCGCUCCUGAGCCCUCCCCUCCAACGCUGCUCCUGGGCCUGGCCAGAGCCCUCUGCCUCGAGCACGAGCCAGGGCUCGCCUGAAGCAGCUCCGCAUCGUUGGACUUUGGCUGCUCGGACUCGCUCCUGCAUCCUCUGGCUGUGCUUUCCCAGAGGCACCGUUAUUGCUGCCUGGAGCCCCGGCGCCCUGGGCAGCUCGUGGCAAAGAUGCCUUCUUGUUACUGUUACAGUGAAGCCCCUUGAGGGGGCCAGUAUUAAAUGAAACACUUCUGGUGUC